GACUAUCGUUCAUCGCUCAUCGCUAAAGCAUAGUUGUAUAGGAAAAAUAUUAGAUAAAUCGCUUAAUGUGUAAAUAAUAGUGAUAAGAACCCGCACUGAAACGAAAAACACCACAACAGCAGCCACAUGAAAGAGCAAACAACAAGCGCCAAGAAAAAGCAACAAAACUAAGAACAUUUCCAGUUAAAUUGCGUGGAGAAAAGCAAAAAAAAAAAAAGCACCAGCAGAGCAGUCAGCAGAGACGCGAGCAGUGGGCAGAGCUCGCGCCUACGCUUCCUCCACCUCCACCUCUCUCUCUCUCCCCUCCCACCCCUUUUCUCCAUCUAUCUCUCUUUCCCUCUCGGUGUGUUUGUGUGAGUGUCCGCCUAAUGCUGCUCCCACUUGAAAAGUCGUCGCUGUCGUCGCCGCAAACGCAACGGAAGUAAUAAAAUACAAAAAAAAACUUUAGGCAAAAAAAAAACACUUGAACGAUACAAGAAAGAAAAUACAUACAUAUAUAGUAUUUCUGUCGGCCAAAAGGAAAAAGCGAAAGUCGGAGAAAAAGGCCUCAAGACGCCAGCGAACGUGUCUGCAGAAUUGAAAGCCAGUAGGGCAGCGUCAGCGACAGUCAUGCCACUGGCUGACUCCAACAAGGAUAUUCGACAGCAGCAGCAGCAGUUGCAGCAGCAGCCCAAUAACAAUGUAGCAGUAGCAGCACCCCCACUGGACAAUGCACAGGCGUCACAGGCUGGCAGCCCCAGCGGCAAUGGCAGCGGUGGCGUCGCAGGGAUGGGGCUGCAGCUGCGACAGCGCAUGCAGAUUACCUCCUCCGGGUGCAGCAGUCUGGCGGUUACUCCCAUGGAGCACACGCCCACCGACGAGGAGAGCGGGCCCGUGACGACAGUGACGUCAUCGCAGCGACGCCAACAGCUGCAACAGGUGCAGCAGUCGGCGCUCCAAGCGGCCCUCGAGCAGCACCACAUCUCACCCACAACCCCAACGCCAGGAGCAAAAGGAGGCGGAGGAGGAGCUGCAGCAAACGAAGCUAGAGGAGGACUAGGAGAACAGGAGGCCCCUGCCACGAGAGAGACAGAGAAGGAGACAGGGAAAGCAGCAGAGGACUCUUCGCAUGCGGAUCGAACGCUAUGCCCCCCGCCGGAGCAAAUGGAACUAAGCGACUCGGAGCACUCGUAUGGGGGGGCAUCGGGUAGCGGCGGGGAGUGCGAGAACGAGUUCGAGCUGCGCGAGGUGGUUAAGGAGGGGCACGACAAGGCGGAUCCCUCGCAGUUCGAGCUGCUGCGCGUGCUGGGCGAGGGUAGCUUCGGUAAGGUGUUCCUCGUGCGCAAGAUAAUUGGCAAGGAUGCGGGCACCCUGUACGCGAUGAAGGUGCUGAAGAAGGCCACGCUGAAGGUCAAGGAUCGCGUGCGCAGCACCAACGAGCGCAAGAUCCUAGCCGAUGUGGGGCACGCCUUCAUCGUGCGUCUGCACUACGCCUUCCAGACGCCCGGAAAGCUCUACCUGAUCCUGGACUUUCUGCGCGGCGGCGACCUCUUCACGCGGCUAUCCAAGGAGGUUAUGUUCACCGAGGAGGACGUCAAGUUCUAUUUGGCCGAGCUGGCCCUGGCCAUGAACCACCUGCACACGCUGGGCAUCAUCUACCGCGACCUCAAGCCCGAGAACAUCCUGCUGGACGAGCACGGCCACAUUGCCCUCACCGACUUCGGGCUCUCCAAGCAGCCCCUGGACGGCUCGAAGACGUACAGCUUCUGCGGCACGGUGGAGUACAUGGCCCCGGAGAUUGUCAACCGCAAGGGGCACGACUUUGCCGCCGACUGGUGGUCCUUUGGCGUCCUCAUGUACGAGAUGCUGACGGGAAAUCUGCCCUUCCACGGCCAAACGCGACAGGAGACCAUGAACCAGAUCCUGCGCUCGAAACUCGGCAUGCCCGAGAACCUGUCCCCGGAGGCGCAGUCCCUGCUGCGCGCGCUCUUCAAGCGCAAUCCCCAGAACCGGCUGGGCGCCGGCUCCCAGGGCAUCCUGGACAUCAAGGCACAUUGCUUCUUUGCGACAAUCGAUUGGGUGCGGCUGGAGAGGAAGCAGGUGCGCCCGCCGUUCAUUCCCGCCGUCAGCCGGGAUGACGCCUUCUACUUCGAUGUGGAGUACACGUCAAAGUCUCCCCGCGACUCCCCCGGCGGCCCCAUAUCGGCCUCGGCCCACGAGAUCUUCCGGGGAUUCAGCUUCGUGGCGCCCGUGCUGCUGGAGGCUCACGGAACUCCUACCUCCCAGAACUGUUCAAGCAGCGCCAGUCCCCUGCACACCGUCACGGCCACCGCCGCGGCGAUGGGCUCGGUGGGAACGCUGACGAGUGCCAACUCCUCCUCCUCCCUGACCACCACCAUGACCACGGGAGCAGCGCCGCGCAGUCUGCCGGGCGUGCUGCCGGGCAACUUCCAUGCGGAGUACAACCUGCUGCAAGAGCUGGGGCGCGGCACCUUCUCCGUGUGCCGCCUGUGCGAGCACCGCGCCUCGAAGAAGCACUACGCGGUGAAGGUCAUCGAGAAGGCGGCGGUGGCCGCCGCCUCUGCCGCCUCCACCUCUGCCGACUGCUGGGAGGAGGUGGAGAUCAUGCUGCGGUACGGCAACCACCCGAACAUCGUCACGCUCUACUCGGUGUACGAGGACGCGAGCUCCGCGUAUCUGGUAAUGGAGCUGCUUAAGGGCGGGGAGCUGCUCGACCGCAUCCUGGCCGUGGGCCAGAUGUGCGAGAGCGAGGCCAGCGCCGUGCUGCGGACCAUCGCCUCGGCGGUGGCCUAUCUCCACGAGCACGGGGUCGUCCAUCGUGACCUCAAGCCCUCGAACAUGAUCUACGCCAGCAUGCGCCAGACCCCGGAGACGCUCAAGCUGUGCGAUCUAGGCUUCGCCAAGCAGCUGCGGGCGGACAACGGUCUGCUGAUGACGCCGUGCUACACGGCCAACUUUGUGGCCCCUGAGGUGCUGAAGCGGCAGGGCUACGACCUGGCGUGCGACAUCUGGUCGCUGGGAGUGCUGCUCUACAUCAUGCUCUCAGGACGAACGCCCUUCGCCAGCACGCCCAACGACUCGCCCGAGGUGAUCCUCAAAAGGAUCGGCUCCGGCCACAUCGACUUCAGCAGCAGCCGCUGGGCGCUGAUCAGUGCUCCGGUAAAGGAGCUUCUCCGCCAGAUGCUCCACAUAGUGCCCGAAAACCGGCCGACUGUGGCGCAGAUCCUUGAGCACAGCUGGGUGCGGGAUCAGUUUGCCGGCAGUGUUGAGCUGACGGAGUACACCUCGGCGCUGCCACAACUGUCGCUGGGGGCGCAGCAACAGCAGCAGAACCACAUCUCGAUGGCCCUGCGCGGUGCGGUGGACGCCACAUUCCGGGCGAUUGCCAUUCCGCAGGCGGCCAACGUGGGACCCGUGGAGCUGUCGAUGCUGGCCAAAAGGCGGGCCAAGGACCGGGCCAAUCUUCAUUCCUAAUCCUGGGCCGCAUUAUGGUGCCCACGACGCCAGGCCAAGAGGCAGCUAAUUCGAUUAGUCUCCACCAUCUAUAGUAUUUUGAUCCAUUUCUGUGCAUUUCCCCGUCGCCUGGACAAGUGGCGUCGUCGCCACCUCAACAGGAAUGGGAACAUAAAUGGGAACGAGAAUGGAAAUGGGAAUGGGAAUGGGAAUGGGCAUGGGCAUGGGUAUGGCCAUGCCCGAGGACAUGCUAUAAAUCCCCGUCAGCGUUGUCGCAGUGCCAAGCUGCGGCUGGUCUAGAUUGGGGUCUGGACAGGCGGGCGGAUCAGACAGAAACUCGAAAGUAUUUGACUAAAAGUGUUAAUUAUUUAUUUAAUAUAUAAAAACUAAAACAAAGAAAGGAAAGGAACGGAACGGAACGGAUCACGAACGGAAAAGUCGGAAGAAGGUGUCAACUGCUGUGCCAACGGCUUCUUAAAGUACAUCCAUAUACCACUAUAUAUAUAUAUAUAUAUAUAUAUAUAUGUAUAUAUAUAAAGCUAUUUAUAUUACGAAUCCCUGUAAAUCGAAUGUACGCCUGCGUGUGAGUGUGUGCUGUGCGUGGUGUGGUGGGGAUCGGAUCUAUAGACCUAGCCCCUGCCUGACUGUAGCACUGCGCCUCCCUUCUUCCUUCCCCAAACACAUUUCCACACACCCACAUCCACCCACCAGCCCGCACACACACACACACACACAGAAGCCUAAGAAAUGAAGAAAUAUUUUUAACUAAAUUAAUCGUAGCUAAAUUUUCCAACAUCACCGUGUUAUUGUUGUUUAAAUAAUUAAUUAAAACGAAACAAAAAAUUAAUCACGAGAAACAUUUGUGAAAUGCAAAAGAAAAGGCUGGACACCCCCAAACCUUUUUCUACAUAUUAUUCUUAAUAAUAAUAAUUAAAAAAUUGUGCAACAAAGUCUAGCAAAACAACAACAACAAAAGCAAAAACAUUACAUAUGUAUGCGGUACAAAUCGUUUUAAAGCCAAACAAGCCUUCACAAAAAGAGCAGCAAAAGCAAAUGUGUUGCCGUUGCCUCAAAAUAAUUCUACUUGGAAUGUCAAUUUCGCACAAAGACCUACAAAAAACUACAACAUAUACGGUACAACAUGCUAUACAAGCGAGAUUAUACAUACCAUGGUAUAUGUACAUACAAUAUAUAUACCUACCUGUCUACUAUAUAAAGCCGAACCACAUACAGAGUGCGUGCGUUUCAGUGGGUCAGCUCAGAACUAUAUUCAGAUUCAGAUUCAGUGGCUAAAAUGUUUAUUAAUUAUUAACGUAUGUAGAUCAGUUAGCUAGGGGGAGAGCAGGAGACUCCCCUCAGUUAAGACGGUCUGACAGUCUUAGCUGACUCUGUGAGAACGCAACGAGGCGAGGGAGCAGCCAGGGUGGUCCCGGCUGGCUGAAUCUAUUCAAUAAGUACUUGAGUUCGUGUGGAGCCAAUAUUUAUGGGUCCUACUUCUACUUGACACUUGACACUGCUGACUUUGAUCAGAAUCGAUAUACAUAGCUAAUCGAUAUGUUUCAGCUGGAGGACAGAAUCUUUUUUGUUUGCUGAAUGUACAUACAUACAUACAUAAUGCUAGGCUGAAUCUAGGCUAGAAUCCAUUGCGUAAGUGAAUGAUAACUAUGAUUGUGAUUGGCAUGCAUUAUUCAAGAUCAGAAUACGCCAUACGCUAGCUGAAUUAAACUUGAUCAAGACGGGGUCUUGACCCAUUGGUAGCGUAGCUGAUUCCAUUAUUCAUUACAUAUGUAUAAAUUAAAUGUACUCAUACGAGUACAGCUGUCUGUUUGUCGUUCGAUUGCAUUACCUAUAUACAUACAUAUAUAGCCAUAUAAGCUACGAACUUGCACUCCUCAGAUUGAACUCUAAUCAAAUCCUUUCCGAAUGCGUUGCAUUUCUAAAACGCACUGCAGUCUCUGUAGUCAAUAGUUAUUGUCGUCUUCCUGCGAUUUUGGUGUCCUGCAACGCCUGCAACGCACUGUACACAAGCGAACGAUGCUGAGGAAUGAUCUUCCUAGAUCUGGUUGAGAUUAGAGGAAGAACCAAGUCCCAGCAGAGGGAACUUUAUCUUUUAUCUGGCCCCAAACCCAAAACCCAACUGCAAAUAAAAUACAAUUUAGGGAAUGGUUCUAUGUAUGUGCUUUUCACACAUACAUAAGUAAAUAGAUACAUAAAUACAUGCAUAUGAUACAUGCAUACCAUCUGUUUCCACUCAAGUAUCGUAUCGUAUCCAGCAGAAUGGAUACACAAGAAAUAUACACGCAUAUACAGUAUCUAUUGUUGUAGUUUAUAGUAUAGUACAUAUAGUACUUGUUUUCCAAGACAACAAAAAAUUGUGUAUAAAGACCUAAUGCGGUCGAAUUCUAAUCCGAUUCCAGGACUUGGGCUUACUUUAGCUAUAUGUGUGCAUGUUUUAAUGAAAUUUUAUGCGCUGUGCCACCACUGAACUUACUGCUAACAAAUAACAAUAAUUGCAUAUACACCACCAUAGAAAAUAUUAGUUAAACUUGACAAAUUUUUAGAGCAAAGGCCAUCCAUGGGUAGCAUCAGUGUCCCUCCAUAAGAAUGGAAUAGGUAGGAUGGUAGGACGGACAUUAGCUAGCUGAAGUAGGGGGGAUACAGGAACUAGGACGAGACGGAGGAACAUCCAGAUACAUAUAGUACACACAUAGCUAUAGGGAUUACUGGGUAGGUAGACUGGAUAGGCGGAAGAUAAAAGUCCGACUAGAGAUAAAGCUAUAAUGCUGACGGAUGCUGAAACAGGAAGAUAUGAUGGGAUACUGAAAAUAAAGAUUUCGAUGAUGAUGAUGAUAAUGAUGAUAAUGAGAAUCAUAAAUUACUAACGGUUUGUUAUAAAAUGCUGUGCACACACAAAUUAGACAGGGACAGUAAACAAUGAAAGAGACAGAGACAGAGACAGAGAUAGAGACAGAGACAGAGACAGAGAGCUCCAGAAUGAAAGAAAACUAAAUGGGACAUAUGUACAGACGUAGGUACAUAUGUGUUGUCCCAGUGGACUCUCGUUGCUCUCAGAGAAGCCACACACAUGAUUACACAUCCUAGACUCCACGAACAACUCCACUGAACCCUUGAACCCUCUGGCCUUUAUCUCGACCUGGACAUCGACGGAACUUCUACUACUAAAGCCAUGCACCCAAAAUACAUACAUACAUACAUAUGCAAGCACAAGUACAUACUAUACAUGUAUAUGUUUAUAUAUAUGGAUGCUACAUACAUACAUAUAUUUUCUUAGUAGAUUUUUACAGCUUCCAGAACUACAUACAUGUACUGUACCAAAACCCAAAGAAAUUAUUGACAA